UCCGGCACUUGCCACGGCCACCACUCAGCCAGCAGCCACCACCCAGCAUGGCCGAGAAACCCCAAAUCCAGCUCUUUGUCAAGGCGAGUGAGGACGGGGAGAGCGUGGGCCACUGCCCCUUCUGCCAGCGGAUCUUCAUGGUGCUGCUGCUCAAAGGGGUGCCCUUCACCCUCACCACCGUGGAUGCCAAGAGGGCACUGGACGUGCUAAAGGACUUUGCGCCAGGUGCCCAGCUGCCUGUCCUGCUCUACAAUGGUGAUUCCAAGACUGACACCGUCACCAUCGAGGACUUCCUGGAGGACAGGCUGGGCCCCCCCAGGUUCCCCAGCCUGGUCCCGCAGUACAGGGAGUCGAGUCUGGCUGGGAACGACAUCUUCCACAAGUUCUCCACUUUCAUCAAGAAUCCAGUGCCUGCCCAGGAUGAGGCGCUGCAGCGGAGCCUCCUGCGGGCCCUGCUGAAGCUGGACGAGUACCUGAGCGCUCCCCUGGCCUACGAGCUGGCCCACGAGCCCCAGCUCCGCACCUCCCACCGUCGAUUCCUGGAUGGGGACCAGCUCACGCUGGCCGACUGCAACCUGCUGCCCAAACUCAAUAUCGUUCAGGUCGUGUGCCAGCAUUACCGCCGCUUCGGGAUCCCCAAGGACCUGCGGGGCGUGUGGCGCUACCUCAAUGCUGCCAGCGAAACCAAGGAGUUCAAGUACACCUGCCCCAACAGCGAGGAGAUCAUCCAAGCCUAUCGCUCCGUGGUCCGGUCACCGCAGUGAGCCGGGCACACACUCAGGUGUGUGCAGGGCUGGGGUUGGGCAGCAGCCCAGUGCCCACCCUGGUCCUGCCACGACCACCACAGCCCUGCCUGCAUGCACUCGGGAGGGCAGAGAGCAUGAGCUGUGCCCCUGGCACCCAAAUUCCCCCAGCUGGCACCCCUGCUGAGGUGCCGGCAGCAAUCUGCCCCGCACUGAGCCCACAGAUGCAUCCUCACCUCUUGUACCACCCUCCCUGUCCGGCCAGGAGCCUCUCGACAUGCCCUGUGGUCCCUCAAGAAUCAGGAUGGGUGCAGGGGUGCCAGAGUCACGUCACUGUUGGUACCAAAGCUGGGCAACGCUGCGGGGAAGGCAGGAGCCGGGAGGAAAGGCUGCCAGAGCAGAGGCUGCGGGCACAGCGGGCAGCACACGGCAGGGGCACCCCCAGCCUCCUGCGGGGACACCGCGGCACCCGGCAGCUGAGGGACCCGGGCAGGGCUGUGCCAGGGCAGGAUGGCCCCUCACACCGGAGAGGGGAACCGGCACAGCCCGGCAGAGCCCUGGGAACGGAGCUGGGGGAUGGACACAGCUCGGCCCCCACCGCCCUGGGUGAGGGGAGUGGGAGGGACAUCCCCAAAGAACCCACCGGCAGGAAGCUCUCAGAGGCACAUUUGGGAGAGGGAGGGGGGUGAAGUGGGGCAAGUCUAAGCCAUGUACCAGAGCUCCCCAAAAUCAAUAAAGGCUUUGCAAGUGAGACAA